GUCCGUGUAAUUGCCUGUCAGUGCACCACAACAUUGAAAAAUUGAAGCGUCUGCCAUUUAUCGAAGGAGCUUUAUUUAAUAAGUGAUAUGACAGGAUAUGUUAAGUUUUCCAAGAGCAAGUAGUAGAUAAGUAAUAGUUUUUCGCGGUUCUCUUGUGAUUCCGAAGCUAGACCACGAGAGUCUCAUGUUUUUAGCAUCUGAUCGUGGUGUAGCUUUCAAAUUUCCUCAGAAGCCUCUUCAACUCAACUUUCAGGCAUGAAUAAACGAGAAGGUGAAGUAUCCUCCUGUAAAAAGGCUGUCAGUGAUGCCAAUGUGAACCUGUCCUCCCCUAUCAUUGGUGCUUUUAAAGUUUUCCAGCAGGAGCUCGACACCAAGCAUGACAAAUAUGAGCGUCUUGUUAAGAUCAGUCGAGACGUCACCAUUGAGAGCAAAAGGACUAUUUUCCUUUUACACAGAGUAACCAGUGUCCCUGAUGUUGAGGCAAUUCUCACUGAAGCUGAUGCUAAACUGGACAUGGUGAGGCAGAAGAUUGGCCUCAUUGCCGACGAGCUCCGAGGAGAGGACAUCUACCAGUUCCACAGAGCCUUCACACCGGGUAUCCAGGAGUAUGUUGAAGCUGUUUCAUUCCAGCACUUCAUUCGCCAUCGGAGCCUCAUCAGCCUUGAGGAGAUCAACGCACGCCUGGUGUUCAUGAGGACAGAGGACCCUAAGGCUCCCACUGAAGCCGCCCCGGUGGGCACCCACGUCCUGACCUUCCAGGUGACCCCCUCAGAUUACCUUCUGGGCGUGGCCGACCUCACAGGGGAGUUAAUGCGUCUGUGCAUCAGCAGUGUGGGGAACGGAGACAUCGACACGCCCUUUCAGCUCAGCCAGUUCCUCCGGCAAAUCCAUGAUGGUUUCUCCUACAUUGGAAACACAGGGCCUUACGAAGUGUCCAAGAAGCUCCACACGUUAAGACAAAGUUUGGGAAAAGUGGAGGAUGCCUGCUACACCCUACGCGUCCGAGGGUCCGAGAUCCCCAAACACAUGCUGGCCGAUGUAUUCACGAGCAGAACCACCAUUAUGGACCCAGAGGAGGGAGUAGUUUAGACCCUCUGUGCUCUCAAGCCUGGUUUUGUUACUGUUCACUUUUAUUAAGGGGUCUGAAUUGACAGUAUAGAGUUCUACAUCCUUAUAGUCAAUCAGUCAAUUUGUUUCAGUAGUUAAAGGAGCACUGUGUAACUUUUCUUUUGUCUCUAUGAAAAUACUAUAGCUUUGCCUGAAAUGUUCCCAGUAUUGGAUUAGAUUAUUUUUUAUCUGUUUUACAAACAUUCAAUUUCAGGUGAUUUUUUUAAUGCAAAAUACAUAAAUAACAAAUACGUAAAUAUUAUCCAUGGAUACAAGUAGUGACGGACACCCUACCAGAAAAGUAGCAUGCGGCACCUUUUAAUAUCAGUGAAGUAGUGUAUAGAUCCCCCCAACAAUUGUGCUUUUAAAAAUAAUAUAAUGCUACCAAAUGGAUCUGGCCUUAUUUAAUCCUGGUUUAAUCCUGGUCCAGAUAUUUUUGAACAAAGAGGUAAUGUCAUUUGUGAAUUAAAUACUUUAUAAAUUUACACAGUAUCUGGAAUUGGCUUUAUAUGUGCUCAGUCUAUAUAUAUAACUACUGAAAUAAAUUAACGUGUAACUUGUUGUAAUGAUGUAGGACUGUCUGCUGAAGACCUGUACAUAUUUUUAACAGGAUUUGAAUGCUCUUUGACAUUCUUAUGAUUUGGUGAGUCUUUGUGUUGAAUCUCAAAUAAACAAGUGUUACCGUAAAGCCCCAUGUUUUUCUUUUUGAUAAAUAUCUUUGUGACUUUGGUUGUUUUGCAUGAAUAAAGGACCUGUGCCAAAUCCUCCA